CUUGCUUUUUUAAUUUCUGUUACACUAUUCUUUUUCAUUUGAUCCUUGAUGAAGACUGUUUGUUUUAAGAAUGCCUGGUGUCUGGUUACGAAUUGCCUUCAUUUCUGUCCUCUAAUUUGUGGUAAAGUUUACAAAAAAACUUCUUUUUUUAACAACUGCACAGUUAAGGGGGCUCAUGUAGCUUGGCAAUAAAUCUUAAAAGGAAGGAAGAAAAACAGAAUGUUCAAUAACUGCUUAAAGAAAUGCAUCUUUAACAUUUUAUUGUCUUGUUUGUGAAUGGAUCUGGGCACACUAAAUUGAAAUUCAAAUACAAAAAAAAUUGAUUCUUGUUUUGGUUAAAAAAAAAAAACCAAGAAGUUAAGAUAUCACGGUGCGUUAUGCAAAUCAAAUCACUUAAGACGUUUUUUCCAAAUAGAUUUUACAAAUUUUUUUCAUCUUAAAAUUGUGUUGUGGUUAGUAAUGUUUUAUUAAUUGUUUUGAUCUAGACCUGAAUCAUGGUGCUUCUCUCUGGUUCAAAGAAUACAGGAGGAGAAUCUAGGGGUGGAAAGGGGAAAGGAGAUAUUCACUCUACUGAAGAUGUAGUAGGUGAAAACAAUCCAAUGAAGGAUGUUCCAGAUCUGGGGGCAGAAGCAGGAAAUAUUAUUCCUGAACAGGACAGACUUCAGUUAGGGGGUUAUGCUGACCCCCUACCGCAACUUCUUGCAGUUGUACCCAGUCUUGAGGAAGAAGAAUGUGAAGAGUAUGAUGAUUUUUCAAUACUGCCAGAUACCAGAAGCAUUGCAUCGGAUGAUUCCUUCUACCCACCUGAUCUGGAGACCCAGGGGAGGUGGAUGUAUGGCGAGGAUGGAGAAGAAGAUGAAAGUGAAGGGUUUGAUGAUGACAGUUUUAAAAGCUGGGAUAGUACUGAGAGCCCUGAACCCCUUACUUUGUUCAAGGCCUGCAGCAGUAACAAUAUGAUUAUUCUUAAGGCCCUUAUGCGACAAGGCUUAAAUAAGGAUGAAGUUGAAGAGACAGACCGGAACAACAGGACUGGCCUUCUUGUUGCAUGCUAUCAAGGUUAUGUGGACAUAGUUGUCGCCUUAUCUCAGUGCCCUCACAUUGAUGUGAAUUGGCAGGAUAAUGAAGGAAACACUGCUCUAAUAACAGCAGCACAAGCAGGACAUAUUACUAUCACAAACUAUUUGUUGAAUUACUAUGCUGGUCUGGACCUUGAAAGGAGAAAUGUCCAUGGCUUUACAGCAUUAAUGAAAGCAGCGAUUCAGGGCAGAACAGAAUGUGUCAGAGCUUUAAUGCUAGCAGGGGCAGAUAUCCAUGCAGUGGAUCCAAAUCGGGGUUACACUGCAAGAGAAUGGGCAAGGUUUACAGGACGAUAUGACACCACGUACCUUAUGCACAAAUUACUAUGCAAACCGUCUCCAGAGCAAUUCAUUGAGGGGUUUAAUAUGGAAUGGCCUAAGAUGAAGGAGCUUUUAGCCAAAGCUGCAGAACCCAAGUCAUGUGUGCAACGCAUGUCAGAUUGUAUGAAGUCAGCAUUUACUUUUAAUUAUUUCAAUGAGCCUCAAGAGGAUGGAGUCAUUGAUCAUAUGGUAAAAAUAACCACAAGUAUGCAUAGCCCAUUUGUUGCUGUAACUUGUCAGACUGUAUGUCCAAGAAGUCCACCAUGUGUGGAGAAGCGUCGAUACUCUGUACAGGAAAUCCUCAAAAAACAAAGAGCCCAUGAAACAAAAGCUUUAGACCAAAACCAUACGAAAAGUUAUGAAAAACUUUUCCAGAAUUCUAGAGUUACUGUGGUACCAAAGAAAAAAGACAGAAAAGCUAGCCUUCAAACUAACUUAUCAAACAGAGCUAUUAUAACAGACACAAGGAGAACAAGCCUUCUUCCUCUAAAUCUGCUAAGAAGAAGUAGUGUAAGGCCAGGAUAUGUUAUUCCUAAAGUCCGUAUUACUAAAGCUUCCACACCUACAUAUUAUCCUGAAAAGGUACGGAAAAGCAACAAUCGAAGCAACAUUUUCUUAGAGAUUCCAAAAUGGAGGUACAAGGAACUGAAGGAACAAAGGAAGAAAGCAGAGGAAGAAGAGCUACGCAAAGCUGAAGAACUUGAAAAGCAGAGACAAUUACAAAGAUCUAGAAUGAAAAAAAGGACUUUUACUUGAUACAAGCAUUAGCAUUACGUGGAUUAGUGCCAUCAGAUCUGCAAUAUGUCCGUUCAAGAAGCUAACAGAUAAAAAAAAAAAGGGUACAAUAUGCUAUGAAACUACAUAAAAAUUACAGCAUCUUUGCAAAAUAUAAUUUUGUAAAAUGUAUCUAAAUUCAGUAAUAAUAUGGUUCUUGCUGUUAAUAUAGAGGGAUCCUUGUAUACCCUAUAAUCAUGUUUUCAAUAAACAAGGUGGUAAGGACAGUUGUAAAAAUGGCCCGCAUUUACAUUUUACAGCGUUAUCAAUAUUAUUUAUUGUUUCAUAUAACGCCAUCAUAUUCCAUAGAGCUGCACAAUGGGUAGACAGGACAUUACAAGUAGUAUAUAACAUAACAAUCUGAUUUACAGAACAAAAGCUGAGGAUGGCCCUGCUAAAACAAGCUUACAAACUAGAGGGAGUUAUG